AUGACUGGAGAUCCUGCAACCCAGUCCAGCCGCGACUGGCAGAGGACCUCACUACCAAACAAUGGCGUACUCGGGCACGAUGCUCCAAUGGAGUACAAGAGCAAGGAAGGCAGACAUAGCGUCGCCAAUAACGUGGAAGCCGGACAUGCUGACGAUUUGCUCAACAUCCUCGGAUACCAGGCCGAGCUGGUCAGAUCGAGGACCACCUUUCAAGUCGCGUUUAUGUCCUUUGUGCUGGCUUCAGUUCCCUAUGGUCUCUCCACGACUUUGUUAUAUCCCAUCGCUGGCGGAGGGCCUGUCGCCGUCAUCUGGGGUUGGUGUGGCGUCUGCGCCAUCAUCUUAUGCCUUGCGAUCUCGCUCGGUGAAAUCACCUCUGUAUAUCCCACCGCGGGAGGGGUUUAUUACCAGACGUUCAUGCUGUCCCCUCCCCGAUUUCGCAAAAUGACUGCCUGGAUCUGUGGAUGGGCAUACGCUCUGGGCAACACCAUCGUCACGCUCUCCGUCAACUUCGGCACCACACUCUUUUUUGUUGCCUGUAUCAACAUCUUUCAGGACCAGGAGGGUAGUGGUAUCUUUGCCGCAGAAACGUAUCAAUACUAUCUCAUCUUCCUCGCCAUCACUCUCAUUUGCAAUGCCAUUUCCGCCCUGGGCAACAAAUGGCUUCCUUUGUUGGAUACCAUGACCAUCUACUGGACAUUUGGAGGCGUCUUUGCCAUUCUGAUCUGCGUGCUCGCCAUCGCUAAAGCCGGUCGCAACAGUGCGGGCUUCGCAUUCGGCGAAUUCCAGGCCAACACCGGCUGGACCGAAGGCUGGUCAUUCUGCAUUGGCCUGCUCCAUGCCGCUUAUGCCACCUCAGCCACGGGGAUGAUUCUAUCCAUGUGCGAAGAGGUUCGUGACCCGGCCACUCAAGUUCCCAGAGCCAUGUGCUGGGCCCUGGGUCUCAAUUGGCUCUGUGGCAUCAUCUUCCUCAUCCCCUUGAUGUUUGUUCUUCCGGAUCUCCUCGAAGUCAUCAGCGAUCCCUAUGGACAGCCUCUGCCCUUCAUCCUCCGCUCCGCCAUCGGACACGAGGGCGGCGCUUUCGCACUCACAGUCCCCAUAAUCAUCCUUGGAAUCCUCUGCGGCACCGCUUGCACUACCGCCUCGUCACGCUGCCUGUGGGCUUUCUCCCGUGACGGAGCGAUUCCAGGGUCGAGUUGGUGGAAAAAAGUCAAUUUGAAUCUCGACGUGCCGCUCAACGCCAUGAUGCUCAGCAUGUUGGUACAGAUUUUACUUGGUCUCAUAUAUUUUGGGUCGUAUGCGGCUUUCAACGCUUUUAGCGGUUCAGCUGUGAUCUUUUUGACCAUAUCGUACGUGAUGCCCGUGGCGGUCUCCCUUCUGGGUGGACGAAAGCACUUGAAUGAGGGCGCAUGGGACUUUGGGAUUCUUGGUGUCUUCUGCAACGUGGUCACGAUUGCCUGGGCUUUUUUCAUUAUACCCGUCUUCAGUUUUCCAUUCUUCAACCCUACGACUUUGGACACCAUGAACUACGCUUCGGCUGUCUUCGUGGGCGGUAUUGCCAUCUCUGCGCUUUGGUAUUUCGUGUGGGGUAAGAACAACUACGAAGGUCCUCCCGUGCAAGCGGAUGAGGUACAGCGGCGACGGAGCUCGAUUAUUUCAAGGUAG